ACUCACAGGCAUAUCGACCAAGAUGAUAUGCGUGUUAAUUUUCGCGGCUUUUGUGUCUUUUGCUUUAGCUUUCCCCUAUCAGCAACCUGAAUCGGAUUCUACCAGAAUUUCCGGAGGAAGCAAUGCAACAAUCAAGGAAAUUCCUUAUAUUGCACAAAUAAACGUGGAUGGCAGUAAAACUUCAGACUGUGAUGCGUCGAUCAUUUCAAGCCUUUGGUUAGUCUCCGCUGCUCACUGCUUAAUCAGAAUGCGUGCCGCAAACGUAAGUAUUCGGGCUGGAACUGACCAAUUCAUGAGAGGUGGUGUGGUGAUAAGAGCCUCUAAUCUAUACGUUCAUCCCAGUUAUACUAAUAUUACUCAGGAUUAUGACAUAGGUUUAAUCAAACUUGCUUCACCAAUAACUUUUGGUCCAAAUAUAUCUGCAAUAUCUCUUGCGGAACGUAAACCCGCAGUGGGAACGUCGGCUCUUGUUUCUGGUUGGGGAGAUUUAGAUUCUACCAGUGAAACCAUCCCAACACAGUUACAAAAGGUUACACUACCAGUUGUUUCUGACCUCCAAUGUCCUCCUGUGUAUACUCCAAGGAUGAUAUGUGCAGGAUACCGUAAUAGAAGCCAGAGUCCUUGUUAUGGUGACUCUGGGGGCCCUUUGGCUGUAAGAAAUACUCUCAUUGGUGUUGUUUCCCACGGCGGUGCUUGUGCUGGAAUUUCAGUUUACGCCAAUGUUGCCAAUCUUCGUAAAUGGAUAUUAUCAAUUGCAUCAAUUUAAAUUACAACGCUAUGCAUCUAAGUAUAAUAUAUUUUAAUAAUGUAAACAAUUAUUGGGAUUAUGCUACAA